AUGACGAGUCCAGCGGUCGAUCAAGAGAAUAUCCCUCUUCCUGUGGACGGAAUCAACACGACGGUUACGACGGAGCCUGCUGUGAAGGGAGGCAAGACGACGAAGAAAGCUAAAAAAGCGAAGCCGAAGAAGAUGAUCAAGGAUGCGAUUGUAUUGUUGAAGGAGAGAACUGGUUCUAGCCAAUACGCAAUUCAGAAGUUCAUCGAGGAGAAGCACAAGGUGUUCUCGCCUUCGUUGUGUCUCUCUCUCUCUUUCUCUCCUUUCUAA